CAAUUUCUCUCUUCCACUCUAAGCUAUACAUAUUCAAAAAUUAAAAAAAUGGCCUUUAAAUUUCCAUAUCCCAAAUCUCAAAUCUCUUUACUUCUUCAACAACAAAAGGAAAAAUAAUAAUAAGAAUGAGGCAAAAAACAUACCCCAUCCAUCAAUUUCUCAACCUCAAAACCCUCCUCUUAGUUCUAUUUCUUUCAUUUGUUCUCAUCUUCCUCUUCAAAUCUAACAUUCUUGACUCACCCACACAAAACCCAUCUCCAAAGUUACAAUCUUUUUCACAAAAGUUAACUCAUUGCUCCUCCCCAUCUUUUUGCAACAAAAUCCCUCCCUCAUUUUCCCACGCUCUCAUCCAUUACUCCACCUCCUCCAUAACCCCACAACAAACAUUCAAAGAAAUCUCCGUCGCCGCUGCCGUCCUCCUCAACCGAUCCCCAUGCAACUUCCUUGUCUUCGGCCUCGGCCACGACAGCCUCAUGUGGGCCACUCUCAACCACGGUGGUCGGACAUUAUUCCUUGAAGAAGACAAAUCAUGGAUCCAACAAAUAAGUCGUCGUUUUCCGAUGCUUGAGUCUCGUCACGUUAUAUAUGAUAGCAAGGUCCAUCAGGCCGACGGUUUGAUGGAUGUCGGGAAGGGGCCAGAGUGUACUGCAGUCGGAGACCCGAAAUACUCAGUUUGCCCGUUGGCGAUUAAAGGUUUGCCGGAGGAAGUGUAUGAGGUGAAAUGGGAUUUGAUUAUGGUGGACGCGCCAACGGGGUUCCACGACGAGGCGCCGGGGAGGAUGACGGCGAUUUAUACGGCAGGGAUGAUGGCGAGGAAUAGAGAGGAAGGAGGAAGUACGGACGUGUUUGUGCAUGAUGUGAAUAGAGAAGUGGAAGAUAAGUUCUCAAUGGAGUUUUUAUGCGAAGGUUAUAUGGUUAAACAAGAAGGGAGACUGAGACAUUUUACCAUUCCUUCUCAUAAGGAUGAUUUAGAUAAACCCUUUUGCCCUUUCUAAAUAAUAUAUAUAUAUUUUUGAGUUCAACUAGAUUCAAACUUUUCACUUCCGAGUAGAUAAUAUAUAUGUGGGUUUUUUCUGCUAAUUUCCAAUGACUGAAGCUCUAGAAACAAUAAAAAUUAACUAAUUAACAA